CCAUUUCCAAACAAGCCCCACGCUGACCGUAGGCGUACUCGUUCGGGCCGUAGACAAAUCCCUUCUCUCACCGGAAGAAGCCGCCAACUGUGCAUUCGGGCCAAAUAGCUUGGCUGUAUGCAGGCUUCUUCUGGGGUUCUCAGAAGGCUGUAUUUCUUGAAACGGUCUUUGGGUUCUCAGGGCAACAAUCGAGACAGAAUGCAUUCUGCGAUGGUUGGUGCAGGUUUGGAGGCUGAUGCUUUGGCCAUUUUGAGAUCAAUCACUCCAUCUCUUGACCCAUCUAGGCACAAGGGCCAAGCUGGGAAGAUAGCUGUUAUAGGUGGAUGUCGUGAGUAUACAGGUGCUCCGUACUUCUCUGCUAUUUCAGCUUUGAAAAUUGGUGCAGAUUUGUCUCAUGUUUUCUGUACUAAAGAUGCAGCUCCAGUUAUAAAAAGCUACAGUCCUGAGUUAAUUGUGCAUCCUGUUCUGGAAGAAUCUUACAGUGUUAGGGACGAGGAGAAAAGACUAAUUUCAGACAAGAUCCUUGCUGAAGUUGUGAAGUGGAUGGAAAGAUUUGAUUGCCUGGUAGUUGGUCCAGGACUUGGAAGAGACCCUUUUCUUCUGGACUGUGUGAGUAAUAUAAUGAAGCACGCAAUGCAGUCAAAUAUCCCAAUUGUCAUAGAUGGGGAUGGGCUUUUUCUUGUCACAAACAGUCUUGAUCUGGUUAGUGGUUACCCAUUGGCCAUCCUAACCCCAAAUGUGAAUGAAUACAAGCGCCUUGUUCAGAAAGUACUAGAUUGUGAAGUAAAUGAUCAAUCUGCUCCUGAACAAUUGACAUCUCUUGCCAAACAGAUUGGUGGUGUGACCAUCUUGCGCAAAGGAAAAUCUGAUCUCAUCAGUGAUGGUCAUACAGUCAAGUCAGUGAGCAUCUAUGGCUCUCCCAGGCGGUGUGGCGGCCAGGGUGACAUACUUUCUGGAAGCGUCGCGGUCUUUGUAUCUUGGGCCCGGCAAUAUAUAUCUGCUGCUAAAGGGGAAGAGGCCAUAAAUCCGGCGAUAUUGGGGUGCAUUGCCGGCUCUGCUUUGGUGAGGAAGGCAGCAGCCCUUGCAUUUGAGAACAAGAGAAGGUCUAGCCUCACCACCGACAUCAUUGAGUGCUUGGGAAGAAGCUUGGAGGAAAUUUGCCCGGUUACUUGAUGUUGGUUAUCAGAGUAGAAGCUGAAGAUAAUGACUGGCCUUCUUCCACAAACUUUUUUCGCCAGAAGCUGCUGCGCGACGAUGGCAAAAUUGCCCCUUGGCGAAGCCGGAAUUCUGAAACUUGUAAAGGAGGGAAUCUCAGUGGUGGAUGUUACUAAUGUUCCUAAAUUGUACCGGGAGACACGAUGAUCAUGGGGGUGGUGUAAGUGCUUUGGAAUGUCAACUAUAUGUUUGGGUUUGGCUAUUUAUAUGCUUUGGUAUAAGUACUAAGUGGCAAAAAGGCUUAAAAAUACCAUCAACUUUGCACUUAUA